CUUCCCGGCGUGCCGCGUGUCUGGGCCAGGCGCUAUAAAGGGCUGCCCCGACACGCUGGCUCCAGAGCGUGCGCAGCCGAGGAGCCGGAGCUGUCGAGGGUGUGCAGUCCGUGGUGCGAUCGCGUGUCUUUCCGUGGCCAAGAUGUGUGACAAACCUGAUCUCUCCGAAGUGGAGAAGUUCGACAAGAAGAAGCUGAAAAAAACCAAUACGGAAGAGAAGAACACGCUGCCUUCGAAGGAGACCAUUGAGCAGGAGAAGGAGUGCAUCAAGUCCUCGUAGAGAUGGCACCACCCUCCUCGCACCAAGCGCCAAACCCUUCCUCUUUUUGUUUUUGUAUUUCAAAUUAACUUUUUUUACUACAGUGUACAUGGUGUCUUGAGAAAUAUGGCCACAGCUUCCAUCAUGAGCACUUCUCCUUCACUCUUUUGCUCCCCCCCGGUCCCGUCCCUCCCCUGUCCUGCCCACUGUAGCCUGGCAGUAGCUGGUUCUUUCUCCCUUGGCUCAGCCGCCUCUUGUCCUCUUGCCACCCGAGACCACCAGAGGGAAGAGCAAAGGGCAAGCAGGAAAAGGGGGGGGGGAUUCAGAGGCUCCUGCAGCUGAACUGCUUCUUCCCUCUUGCCUUUCUUCUGUUUUCUUUCUUGCCAGAUGGGAAAGUUCCAGCAGCUGAGGCCUCUUGAAAGUGUGUUUGUUUCAAAUCAUUUCUGCAGCUUGAACUGAUUUGUUUUCUUAAAAAUGAAAUGGAGAAAAAAAUCUAUUAAAGAUAUGAAACCACCUUA